GAGAGAAAGAGAGAACAAUCAACAAUGAACAAUCUAAUUUCCAUCAAUUUAAUAUAUUUUUUCUUCUAUCUAAUUAUUACAGUGAUCAUCUCAUCAGCUCCGAUGAUCAAAACAACCGCCGCCGUGGAACCCGCCUGCAAGACCCACUGCGGUCCGCUGGAAAUCAAAUACCCCUUCGGCACCGGCCACGGCUGCGGCUCCCCGCGCUUCCACCCCUACGUCACCUGCUCCUCCGCCGCCGGCAGCGGCGGUGAAGGAGAGCUCCGCCUCACCACACACACGGGGUCGUACCAAAUAACCUCAAUAUCCUACUCCGACUCAGUUCUGACCGUCGCGCCGCCGUGCAUGUCGAACUGCACAUCCAUGCAGCCUUCUCCGGCCAACUUCGGGCUGGACUGGGCCGGCCCUUUUCAGCUCGGGCCGUCAACUUUCAUCCUUUUAGCAUGCUCGCCGGAAACCUACUCCAUAACCGUGAAGGGAAACCCCAUAUGCGACCCUUCUUCGCUCUACCUCUGCGCGGAUAUCUACACCUGCCCUGGCGUGGUGGCGCUCGGGCUGCCGCUGUUUCCUCCGACGAACACCUGCUGCGUGUACUCGCCGGUGAAUCUUGGCCCGGAGGACGAACUUGAUCUGGAGGCGUUGGGCUGCGAGGGGUACAGUUCGGUGGUGGCGCUCGGAGAUUUUCCCACCGAUCCGGCGCGGUGGCGGUACGGGGUGGCGCUGAAGUAUACGCUGGGGGGGCUGGAUGGGUACGACGUUGCCCCUAGUUGCCGCGGAUGCGAACAGAGCGGUGGGGUGUGUGGGUACGCGCCGCCGCGUAACUCUUUCGUAUGCGUGUGUGGGAAGUAUGGGAAUACGACGACGGAUUGCUAUAGCUACAACUGGAUUUACACGAGUUCGUCGGUUCUAUCAAGUGGAUCUAUAUGGCAAGGAAUUUUGGCAGCUGUUUCAAUUUUCUUGAUCCUAAAUUGAGGAGAGAGAAAGGAGAGAGAGAGAGAGAUGAAUAAAAGUUCUUCUUUGUUUGGCCAUCUCGAGAGAGGAAUAAAGUAGAGAAGAAUAUGAUUCUUGUAUAUUGUAUAAGCAUAUAUGAUAUAUUGAUAUAUAUCUUGUAGAAGGUUGUUUCGAGGUUUAGAAUCUCUUGAUGUGUAAAACAGUCUUUUUCAUUCUUAGUUUUUGUUAUGAAUAUUAAUCUUAUAUAGUUAAAUGUUAAAUACAUCAACAAUCCGCUGUAGUCUAGUUGGUCAGGAUACUCGGCUCUCACCCGAGAGACCCGGGUUCAAGUCCCGGCAACGGAAUUACACUUUUUUUUU